UUUUUUUUUUUUUUUUUUUUCAAAAUGGAGCAGGAAACGUUUGAAGCCGAGCUGAACAAGUAUCGCGUCGUCCGCAACAAGGACUACACAACACAAGAACACAUCAAGCCAGCGUCGUUUGCGCCGCCACAGCCACGGACGCCCUCGUCGUCGUCGUCGUCGUCUUCAUCCUCGCCCUCAUCUUCCUCUGCUGCUGCUGCUGGCAACAAGACGCCCGUGCGAACUGUCACGUACUCGUCCUCGUCUUCCACAUCGUCGUCGUCGUCAUCGUCGUCCUCGGCGUCGUCAAGUUCGUCGUCGGGCAAGUCCACGUCCGUUGAGAGCGAGCCCGGUCCAGAGAUUUCCGUCACCAUCAAGCCACUCAAGGGCGACGAGUUCUCACUGAAGAUCGCUUGCUCAGAGACCGUGUACGCGCUCAAACUUGCCGCAGAGUCCAAGUGCAGCAUCCCUGCUGGCCAACAGCGAUUGGUGUUGAAAGGCAAAGCACUUGUUGAUUCAAACUCUCUGGCGGCCGCCGGCCUAGUUGAAGGCUGCAAAUUGCACUUGUUCAUCAAGGCAGAGUCUUCAUCGGCGCCUGCUUCACCUUCGACGGCCGUUGCUUCGCCGAGCGCAACCCCGCAGCAUGUCGCCGUGAUUGCUGCCCCAUCCAGCCCUGCACCACCAACAGGACCGGUUCAGGAUAUCAUCCUCGCAUUGACGCGCUUCCUUGAGCAGCGACGCACCUUGACACCAGAGCAGAUUGGCGCGACUGUGCGAACUUUUAAAAAGGAUUGUGCCGGCUUCCUCUCCUCGCUCAGCCUGGACGAUAUCGAGCGAUUUGCCAGCUCGAUCAAUGCGAGCCACUCAAAAGUGUAACGAUGGUGUCGCCAUUGCCGCCCCCCUCCCCUCUCACCAAAUCCCAGUUGAGUUGUUGCAAAAGCAUUGUUGCCAGUUUGGUUGCGCCUGGAGCGCAAACAGCACUGGGUUUUUUCUCCCGUUUCGCUUGCACCCCUUCUUGUCCGCCAGCAAUGUGAAGCCAUGUAUUUCUGUUUUGAGCUUUUAUUGAGAAGGUGUUGCCUGUUGUGAUGCAGGCAAAUGUGUCAAACGUCCGACUAUUAAACACGAUAUGGUAC